AUGAUAAUGGAGACUUACAGGAGUGAUUCACCAGUAACUUUGCACACUUUUAGGCACCUCAUGGAAUCGCCACUGACCACUGAGGAAGCCCACAGACGAUUAACCGACGAUGAGGAUUCGAUUUCAAGUCAAGACACUGACAGACAGUCUAACAGCUCUCCGCUGUGCACGCUGGAUGACUCACGAGAGCAGCUGGUAGUGGAUGACAGCAGCGGCCGUGCAGUUGUGUCCGGUCAAACGGAGGACUCGCGCUUUAUGACUGUGGUUGAACAAUCUGACCCCAACGCGCCCCCGAAGCCCCCUCGCUCAUGUUUAGAUGAAGCUCUACCGGAUCUGCUCCGGAGUGGAAGCCCACUUCGCAGGCGAGUGUCCAGUCCGGUGUCUGUCACGCUGAAGCAUGUGAAAAGGGAAGUGGAAUUAUCUCGGCAGCGCAGUCUAAGGCUCAAGGCUCAGGUGGAUAGACUGCAGCAGCAGCAUGAUAGCGGACCCGGCUGGAGUGAAAACAGACACCGGGUGGCAGAGGAGAUUCAGUCUGUUGUAAAGCUGCUACUCCCUCUGACAGAUUUAGAGUCAGCAGAAAUAGACCAACCAUCACAAACCAAUCCUUUAGACUUGGCACUACUUCAACUGCAGAAAGUGGCCCGGACACUCGCCAUUGACCACACCUCUCAGGGAAAGAAGUCUGGGGAAGAUGUUGACAUUUUACAGCAAGCUCUACGGGACAGAGAUGAAGCCAUAGCAAAGAAACAAGCAAUGGAGACUGAGCUACUAAGAAGCAAGAAUGAACUAAUGACACUGAACAACCAACUUCUGGAAGCAGUUCAGAGUCGACUAGAACUGUCCAUAGAGCUGGAGGCCUGGAAAGAUGACGUACAGACCAUUCUUCAUCACCAGCUCCUUAAACAGCAGCAGGAGGAACAGGCUCAGAAGAAGUCUAGAGGGUUCGGUGUUCUGCGGCGCUCAAAUAAGCCCCUUCCUCCCAAACCUGACUACUCCACCACAAUGCUCACCUCUGUCCCAACCCCGCAGUCUCCAUCACCUGCAGGAACACAGAAAUGGAAAGACAAGUUCAGACGAGGAAGAACUGGCACACAAGGACCUGUCGAGUCUCUGCCACAAAGGAGCGAUAAAGAGGGCAAUUUUCAAACGGUUUCUUUGGACUGAUGCUGCCAAUCACUUUGAUUGUUCAGCAAUUUUGAUCAUAUUGCCUCACCUCAUUUUGUACAGCAAUCCUAAGGAUGUAAAUAAUAUUGUGAAUAAUGUUUUGUCACAUUUGAACUAUGUUAUGGAUGUGCGUUACAAUGUAGAGAAUAUAUUAAUGUGACUGCUGUGCUGAGAAUCAAGGUAUCAGGGUUUUGUUGACCUGCAGUCAUGAACUUCCUAGUAAUAUGUUAAGAAAAGGGAAUAAAGGUGACAGAAACAACAAUAUACAA